CUCCAAUUUACUUCCUCUCAUCGAGAUCAACCAAAAUGGUGAAGACCCGAUCCCAGACUAGUCGCGAAGAGCCAGCCCCGCCGCCUGAACCUCGAGCGCGGGGGGGAUAUGAUAAUCAAGACGGCCCAGGAUUUUCUGAUGAAGACAUCCCCGAGGAUUUGUCGAACGACCCCAUUCUGCUGGAGCUUUACGGUUCGCCUAAUAGUCUCGCGGCCCAUAUGGCCCGCCGCUGUGGACUUCAAGAUGCUCGUAUGGUUUUUAUGGGUACUCCUGAGACGGGAAAGAUGCAGUAUAUCGUCACAUCUAGGGGCAAGUACUACUGGGGCCACUUCGAGCUUCUUCAUCUCGAAGAGAUUAACAGGCCCAAGACGUUGUCGGGGAUAGUCAAUGCGCUUCGCGAUACGGGACUCAGGGGCCUCCGUCUGAGGACCCUGAAGCCGGUGCGGGUCGAUGAGGAAGAUGACUCGGAGGAUGCAUGCCCUGCCAACAGCGAAGGGCCCAGCCUGUUUGUUCCGGUUGACCCCAAUGCUCCUUGAUGCUUCGUCCCCAAUCAGGCACUUGAG